AUGGCGAUUAAUUUCUCUACCUCCAUCAGAGCUCACCAUCCUUCACUCUCCACAAAACCUAACCCUAGAGAUGAGACUCUUUUAGCUGUCACUGGGCAUCGGAGGUGUAGCCUUCGCUUGAGUCGGCCAUGGCGCCGAGGAGACGCAGCUGUCAGGUGUUCCGUGUCAUCGACAAAGGAAGCUGAAGCCGCUUCAGUAGAGAAAAAGAAGUUGGUGACAAGAAGAGAUGUGAGGAAUAUAGCUAUCGUUGCUCAUGUCGAUCAUGGGAAGACAACUUUGGUGGACUCAAUGCUUCGGCAAGCAAAGGUCUUUCGUGAUAAUCAAGUUGUACAAGAGAGGAUAAUGGACUCAAAUGAUCUGGAGAGAGAAAGGGGAAUAACGAUACUUAGCAAAAACACAUCAAUUUCCUAUAAGGGGACUAAAAUCAACAUCAUUGAUACACCAGGUCACUCUGACUUUGGUGGGGAGGUAGAGCGAGUCCUCAAUAUGGUUGAAGGAGUUCUUCUAGUGGUAGAUUCUGUAGAGGGGCCAAUGCCGCAGACAAGAUUUGUUUUAAAGAAAGCACUAGAAUUUGGACAUGCUGUUGUGGUUGUUGUAAAUAAAAUUGACAGGCCAUCAGCUCGCCCAGACUUUGUGAUCAAUUCCACAUUUGAACUGUUUAUCGAAUUAAAUGCAACAGAUGAACAGUGCGAUUUUCAAGCGAUAUAUGCAAGUGGCAUCAAAGGCAAGGCAGGGCUUUCACCAGAUAAUCUAGCAGAUGAUCUUGGGCCACUUUUUGAGGCAAUUCUUCGAUGCAUUCCAGAGCCUAACAUUGAUAAAGAUGGCGCACUACAGAUGCUUGUAACAAGCACCGAAUAUGACGAACAUAAAGGAAGAAUAGCUAUCGGUCGUCUACAUGCUGGGGCAUUGGAAAGAGGAAUGGAAGUCAAGGUUUGCACAUCCGAGGAAAUAUGUAGGUUUGGCAAAGUUAGUGAGCUCUUUGUGUAUGAAAACUUUUCCAGGGUUCCAACUGAGAGUGUCGAGGCUGGUGAUAUCUGUGCAGUCUGUGGUAUCAGCGAUAUAAUGAUUGGUGAGACAAUAGCUGAUAAAACUUCUGGGAAACCUUUACCUGCCAUUAAAGUUGAAGAACCAACAGUGAAAAUGUCAUUCUCUAUCAACACUUCACCUUUUGUUGGUCGUGAGGGCAAAUAUGUGACCAGCAGAAACCUUCGAGAUAGGCUAUAUCGUGAGAUCGAGAGGAACUUAGCAAUGAAAGUUGAAGAUGGAGAAACAGCAGAUACAUUUAUUGUUAGUGGCAGGGGCACAUUGCAUAUCACCAUCUUGAUAGAAAACAUGCGAAGGGAAGGAUAUGAAUUUAUGGUAGGACCACCCAAGGUUAUAAACAAAAAGGUUGACGAGAAGUUGCUGGAGCCUUUUGAGACUGCUACAGUGGAGGUACCAGAAGAAUAUAUGGGACCUGUGGUUGAACUUUUGGGGAAAAGGCGUGGGCUGAUGGUUGAUAUGCAAGGAGGGACGGAGGGGACAACAUUUAUUAAAUACAAGAUCCCAACUCGUGGUCUUCUCGGAUUAAGAAAUGCAAUCCUCACAGCUUCUCGAGGCACAGCAGUUCUCAACACUGUGUUUGAUAGUUAUGGACCAUGGGCUGGAGACAUAAACACAAGGGAUCAGGGGUCUUUGGUCGCUUUUGAAGAAGGAACUACCACUUCCUACGCUCUUUUUAGUGCCCAGGAAAGAGGUCAGAUGUUUAUCACUCCUGGCACAGAAGUGUAUAAAGGACAAGUAGUAGGUAUCCAUCAGCGUCCUGGAGAUCUAUCACUUAAUGUAUGCAAGAAGAAGGCUGCGACAAAUGUUAGGUCUAACAAGGAGCAGACAGUGGUUCUUGAUUCAGCAUUAACAUAUAGUUUGGACGAUUGUAUAGAAUACAUCCAGGAAGAUGAACUGGUUGAGGUGACUCCUUCAAGCAUACGGAUGUUGAAAAAUCCAAAGAUGGCCAAAAAGAAAUAUUAGUUUCAAGCUGGUGGAGUAAGCAACUGUAUUGCAUGAGCUCUUCAAAUUAUAGUUCUUCUGCAUUGGUGUGUCUGUUGUGGAUUGGAUUGCAUCCGCAAGUUAGUUCCAGUCAAUGCACUGAAGAAGUAAAGCUUGAAUAUGAUGCAAAUCAUUAGCCUCUACAGUUUAUAUUCAUUCCUCUGAGAAUAUAAACUUAACUGCAGCGCAGAACUCAUAACAGAGCUAUACCGUACAAAUGAAGGUGGUCCUUUUUAUUUAAAAUGUAAACAAUUAUUUUUGAAGGCACAUUACUUUUGUGCUGGAUAAAUCUCUUCAUGGAAUAUGUAUUGAAAUUUUUUGGCUUGUAUGUUGAGCAAAAUAAAGCUAAUUAUGUAUACAAACACUGGCUAGGGGGUUUUCUUUUUCCCCACAUCAGUUGACAUUCACAGCUUGUUUCUGUAAAGCUGAAGAUUUUAGGUGCAAGGACAUUGCAUAUAUCAAUUGCAUUCAGCAUUAAUCUAUCAUAUGGCUUAUCUGUGCA